AGUAGCCAAACUUCACGGUGGCUAAGCGAGUGAGAGAUACGCCAUUGCGACCUUCUGCUGUGGGACACUGCUCUUAAUAUAGCAUGGGGCUGCUUCGGUUGUCUUCCGUAGUGUUUCCCCUUCUCGUCCGCGGAGAGGCUUUCAUAGCCAGCCCUCCGCCGCUGUCCGCACUGCAACGGCAACAUUCAACACUCCAGCCAGUAAGUGUCAACGCUGCCCGGCUCGCGCAUCAUCGUCAUCGCGAGCAGCAGCUACGACCACCCAGUCUCCUUCCCUCUACGGUACCGUUGCGUCCUCGAUCAACACGCGCCAUGAGAAAACGGAGCAGCAGCACAGUGCUGUUUGCGCGCGAAGGGGAGCCUAUGGGGCCGGGUACGCAGCAACUGUCCAGGCAAGCGAAGCUAGCCAUUUCCGUCCUGAUCGAUCUGAUCGGGAUGUCUUCCUAUGCCCUCCCCGGCGUAGGCGAGGCCACCGACCUGGGAUGGGCGCCCAUCAGCUCCGCCCUGAUUUUCUACUUGUACGGCAACAGCAUCUUCGCAGGCCUCGCCUUUGUGGAGGAGAUUCUGCCGGGCUUCGACGUUAUUCCGACAGCAACGAUUGCUUGGUUUUUGACUAACAGCGAGAUAGGUAAAAACGUCACCAACGCCGCAGCCGGCAAGAAACCCGAAGGAGACGUCUCGUCCUCGGCUCCGCCGCCGCCAUCGGGAUCACCGUUCUCAAAGUUGAACGAUGUCAGAGAGGCCGGCAAGGGUGCGGGAAGCCGCAAAGUCGAUGACGGCAUGGUUCAGUCGGGGGUAAUAGACGUGGAUUCUGAGGACUAAAUAAAUGUGAACUUUCGUCGCACUAGCGUCAUGUGUUCGUAUGGGAGAGUAGGAUCUGAGGUGUAGCAAGACGGAGCCCGUCCUAGGGUUUAGUAGAAGCGAGCUCGCGCGUUUGCUCUCUGCUGUGCACUCUAGCGCGCUGUUGUGUUGGAGGCACACAGAAAGUCAAGUAGUGCAAGUCAUGGCCAUGUUGGUGCUCAUGAGCAUCGCGCAGGAGGGCGAAGAGCUUGAAUAUUAUGUUUUUUAUGGAGGGGUUUGCCUUGACACCCCGCACCGGACUAGAAAAGGCUACAAACGCCAUGGUUCAGAAGCAACAUCGAGAAGGGAGCAAUCGACAGGCAGACAUGGCUCAGUAGAGUGAGCCUUCCCCGGUCAUCUGUGGCUGCUGCUGCCGCGUUGUGUUGUGUUAGUGUUGGCACCGUCUUCAUGUUUAAGAACCAUUCUGAAGUGAUGUCGAGCAUGUCCGUUUCGUAUUCGACCGUUUCGUCCGGUGUAGGACACGAGUUGCCGACGUCAAAGACCAAGCGGAGCAAGUAUGCGGCGUACGAGGGUAAAGGAUGCCGUGACAUGCUUCGCUUCCACAACAAAAAUCUUCGUAAC